GAGUGGCUAAGCUAGCGCGAGUCAAUAGGGCCAUCUGAGCAUGCCAAUAAAAAACAACAUAUGCACACAUGUAAAUCAUCGAUGACCGAGGCAAACACUAGUGUUGGCUAUGUUUUCAGGAUAUAGUUAUUAAAACUACUACUAUUGCAUGUCAAUAAUUGCAGUAUUAACUGCAACAUUUGAGAUCCAGAAGCUCUGCAGAGGAGAGGGUGGAGUGAUAUCACAUUGUUUUUUUUCACCGCUGAUAUUCUUAUAAGGUAGCCAGCUGCAUGUAACCAGUUUAUAUUGUUCCUUGUUCUUCAGAGGGAAUUUGUGUAAACUUUCCUUUGCCCAUUUCUUCUGUUUCCAAAGCCUCUAAAUGCACAAUUCGCCAUGUUGCCAGCCGUCAGUUAACUCAGACUGAUGCUGCAUUCGAGGAAAGUGGGAAGUCAGAGUUUCCAACCACCGAUCUGGAAAAAAUAUCAUUGGAAUGCCUCCACUAAUUUAUCCCUUACGAGAAGGCAGGUUUGCUGGAGGUCAAAAUGUCUUUUGAUGGCCAAAAUAAAAAACAACUUGUCAGGAUCAGCCAUCUUUGCUGUCUACAUUCGCUUGGAAUGCUUUCAGUUUGCAACUGGUACCCUCUGAGUGGUAUAAGUCCGACUUCUCACCUUUCUCGAAUGCAGCGUGAGCAUGAAUGGCCGAAGCACUCCUCUCUAAUGUGGUUGUAUUGCGCAUCUAAAAAAAUAAUCCUGCAGAAUGAAAUGAAUCACGGCAGUUUGGUGUGAGAUUCUUUUGGCUGUAUGGGUGUUUUGGAACAAUGGUCUGUGUUUUGAAUUUAUUUGACUAUGUUGGAUCUGUUCGUAGAUCUAUAUGUUUUUUUUUUUGGGCAUGCUAGGAAGGUGCCAUUGACUCACGCUAGCUUAGCCACUCUGAAACCCUGAAACUAAGAAAUAACUUGCAAACUGCACGGAAUUUGUUGAAAUCAACUCCACCAACUAAUUAAACCCCUGCCAACUCGAACAUUAAGCCUAAUGUCAAAAAUUCUGAACUACCGCUUUAAACUCCCAAUCACUCCUUCUCCAGGUAUCACUUUCAUUGCCCACGUAAGUGUCAGGGUUUGAGGGCACGCAGGUGUGUGUGGGCCCAAACGCAGGCAAAGUGAAGCGAGGCAAAAAAGGCGGUGCAAAAAUGUUUUAAUUAAUGCCAACAAAAAACAAAGUACCAACAAAAUGACCGGGGAAUCCAAAAAGUCUUAACAAACAAAAGUCGGGCUAACAAAUCAACUUACUUCCAAAGCAGGACAAGGAACACGAGGAACUGGGGAAAAAACGCUGACAUGAAAGUGGAGAUUGCAUUGACAGAGACUCUGACAUUGACAAUGACGCAACAAGGAGUGAAAAGAAACUGCGUGCUUGUAUACACACAUGCAGACAAGGGGUAACGAGACAACGAGGAACAGCUGGGUAAUACAGGAGGACUCUCUAGGAGCAGGAACCACAGGUGAAAUCAAUGGGUAAUCAAAGGGACAAGUCACACUAGGAAAAAACCAACACAAAACCUAACAGUACCCCCACCCCCCCUCAAGGCAAGGAUCCCAGACAUCCCCUAGAAAAACAAAGUCCCAACAUAGCGGGCAGAAAGGGGCCCAGAGGAGGGAGCAACAUCUGCCCAUCAAAGCUAGUCAGGCGGGCGUCCUGGUCGGCCGACAUGGGCCGACCGGAUGGGUCGAUCGGGAGGGCGUCCGGGGCGCCAGACGUUUGGUGACCGCACGGGCCUAUCAGGCUGGCGUCCCAGAAGAGGGAGUGCUCUGUCGUCCAUGCCGCCAAGCGGUGGUAGGAAGCGGGGAGCAGCAUCGUCGGGGCGAGGGUCAGGAACUUUGGAGUCUGCUGGCGGGACAGCAGCGUGGUCGCAGGCGUCUGCUGGCGGGACAGCAGCGUGGUCCCAGGAGGAAAAAGGAGCGGUUGGCGCGGGCACAGGACUACGGGGCGUCGGCGCGGGCACAGGACUGCGGGGAGUUGGCGCGGGCACAGGACUGCAGGGAGUCGGCGCGUGCACAGGACUGUGGGGAGUUGGUGCGGGCGCAUGGCGUCGGCGUGGACGAGCACGCCGAGGCUUCCGGACGAUGUUCUCUGGCAGACUGGGUGGCACAUUACAUGGUGAAAUCGAAGGCGGGUUGUAGGAACUACGGCCCUUACCUGGGCGCCCCUGCUGGCCACCACGCGGAGGUCCAGGGUAGAUGGCCAAAUGGGAACCCAAGUAACGGUCCAGGGAAAAAGGCUGGGAAGGGGACGUGGAAUGACUGAAGCGUGACAAAAACUGAGGGGGUGAAAAAAAGGGCAUGGAAUCAAAAUCAGGGUCGGAGUCAGAGUCAGAAUAAAGGAGGUCAUAUAAAUUGUGAUCCUCCUCAAAGUCUGAAAAAUCAGAGUCCAAAAGAACAUGUUGUUGUCUCUAGGUGGGUUGAGAAUGGGAUAAUGGCUGUCGGCGUGCCUGCCGAAAAUGAAUCUUUCCUGCUGGGUCCAUGAGUGGUUGCGUCAUUCUGUCAGGGUUUGAGGGCAGGACGAGGAACUGGGAAAAAAACGCUGACAUGAACGUGGAGAUUGCAUUGACAGAGACUCUGACAUUGACAAUGACGCAACAAGGAGUGAAAAGAAACUGGGUGCUUAUACACACACAUGCAGACAAGGGGUAACGAGACAACAAGGAACAGCUGGGUAAUACAGGAGGACUCACUAGGAGCAGGAACAACAGGAGAAAUCAAUGGGUAAUCAAAGGGACAAGUCACACAAGGAAACAACCAACACAAAACCUAACAAAAAGUCCCCACCAGAAUGAGGGAGUCCACCUGCAAGGACUCCAAAAAAGGGUGGGUACUCUGAGUUGCUGUGUGGUGCAUUAAUACAAACAACCAUCCGGCCACCCUCUCGUCUACCAGGGUGUAUCUUAAUGUACAGGCAUUGAGCCGGGGGGCAAAAAGCAUGCCCACACCUGCUCAUCUCCUCUCACUGUGGGCAACUAAAGAGGGGAUGACUUUCCAACCUCUUUCAAGAGGAGUGGUACCAGAUUUCGACUACAUCUUGUCACCACUUCUCAACCUCACGCACUAGAUCGGACUCCUUCUUCCACGUACCAAGAGCCAGUUUCUGCAGCCAGGGAGCGGACCGCCAAAGGCCCCUCUUUGGGCUGCCACCCAACCACCUGUGCACCCAACCUCUUUGGACCCUCCCACAGGUGGGGAGCCCAUGGGAAGCCCAAGGGGAACCCACGUCGACUCUUUGGGAUGCGCCCGGCCGGGCCCAAACAUUCAACAUUGUGUCCCAGAUCCAAGCCAGUGACCCGCGUCCAGGCGAGGGAAAACGGAAUUCAUUAUAAUUGCUCAUCAUAAGAGGUCUUUUGAGACAUGCUUUGUCUGGUCCCUCACCUGGGACCUGUUUUUCAUGGGUGACCCUGCCAGGGGUACAAAGCAAGGGAUAAAGCCCCAGACAACAUAGGUCCUAGGAUCAUUAGAACAAACAAACCCCACACAAUGAUAAUUCAUUGGGGGAGUACUUCUGUAAUAUGCUGCAACAUGUGAUCAAAACUGAUCAAAAUGAGUCACAUUGACCCAUUGUUUUAAUUUGAAGAUUUGGUACAAUCAAAAAGAGUGGUUUCAGCUUUCCAAUGGCAUAAAAUAUCAACCAUUACGCUAUGAAAUUUAAUCUCUGAGAACAUAUGACUUCAGGUUGGGUUAUCUCUGCAUCAUGAAUUUUCAGAAUUAGAAGAAAAUGGAGUCAGAUAAUUUGUCAACAAACCACGAUUUGUCCUUCGCAACCAGCUUGCUAGUGUUACCGGACAAUCACCAAAGCAUAGCAAAAAAAAAAAAAAAAAAAAAAAAAAAAAAAAUGGCACAUCUACAUUUUGAUGAAAUAAAAAGGAACAAUUUCAUCCACAUUUCAGUUAUAAAAUAAAGACUUUUGUUUUUUUACUCGACUUUUAAAAUCAUAUCAUUCCCAUUAAUUUGACUACUGACCGUAUUAUUUAAAAAAAAAAAAAAAAAAAAAAAAAUAGUAAUAGGAAAUAAGUAAUAAUUGUCAACUCCUACACUGAACCCUACAUUGCUACCAGAGGGUAUGGCAACACCUUGCAUGGCAGCAGCACCACCCGUCUAAAGCAUUUUUGGCACAGCAAUAUUAUAGAUAAAAGCUCCUUACACAAUAAAUCCUAUCCAUUUACCAUUUCAUUUCUAGCUAAUCUUUAGGUUGCUCAACAAAUCAAUGAAUUCAACAAAGGUACUGUUAGGAGGUGCGACGAGGAGGGAUCCAAAUGCAGACACACGGUGGUUGCGGUGAGUAAUACUUUAUUUGCAACCACCACAAAUAGCGUGGCGGGUAGAGGUUGCUUCAUUUGGGGUAACUGAGCCGGCGUGAGACGUGGAAGCUUGGAGGAGGCAGGCGUGUAACCUCGGAAGGAGGCAGGCGUAGAAUCCGACAAGGAGCGCCCAGAAGACAGGACCUGGGGCGAGAGCAAAGUAGUCGUGAGCCGGGAAUCAGAGAUAUCAUAUAAAGAAGGCGAGAAGCAACUGACGGUGAAACCAGACAAGUUGAUCGGGCGACGUGGUGGUGCAUCCGCUGGGUUUUUAAGCUGGCUGAUGAUGAGUCACAGCUGGCUGCUCCACCCGUCUGACAAUCGACCUGUAAUCAAGCAAACUCCCCUCACCUGAGGCAGGGCUCAGGAAGGAGGGGCAGAGGCCCUAACAGGUACAGCAUCCAGCAAAAUUUAUUAAAAUGAUCCUCUAACUUAAAUACAUGUAGGCUCUAAUAAACCACAAUUGUUCUUUUGUACUAAAAUAUGUUGUUAGAAACACAUAAAAUGUUAAAUCAAUGGCAAUAUUUUAUAAUAUUUAGUCCAUAUUUUGACCGUUAGUUGGCGUCAUGGUUUGCGGGCUCGCAGUGAUGACGUAAAUGGUACCUUUCCAAAUGUGUAGCAUGUUCAACAAUUGCUUAUUGCUGCCUAAACUCGCGAAGUAAAAUGCCACAAUGUGCUGCUUUUGGAUGCAAUUUCCAAUCAAAUGGAAACAAAGGGAGUGAAGUGAGUGGUCAUGGUGGAAUUAUUAUUUUUAGUGAAUAAAUCUGCAUAAGUGGAAGCUUCUCCCCCUUUUUGGUCCCUGCAUGCACGUAUCCUACCCACCACGCGUUACAACUGGCGCCCAAACAUUUUUCCUGGAUCCUCAGUCAAGCAAGGGAUCCGUCUAUUUUCUGGAUCCGUCGGUCCCAUCGCGUCUGCAAUAAUGGUUUUGGAUCUGUCCAUUUUUUUUAUUCGGCGGUCCCACAGCGGCUUUUUGGAUCAGUCUAUUUUGUGGAAUCGACGGCCUGAUCGCAGCUGCGAUAUUUCCAUGGGAUCGGUCUAAUUCCUGGAUCUUCGAGUGGGUAAAAAACGCUGAUUUGGAUUAGUAUUGCUAUCUUUUUUGCUGACUAUUCUUCGUGGGAGUUUUCCCCAAAUCAUACUGAAUAAUUAAAGCACUAUGGCACGCUACAGUGACGACAGUGACUCUGACGUGGACCUUACAACAAUGUUGGAGUUCGUCAGGGAAUGCGUGUUUGCGUACUGCUGAGCUCCCGAGUGAAGAGUGGUCAAGGUGGAAAUAUUAUUUUUUGUGAAUAAAUGUGCAUGAGUGGAAGCUUCUCCCCUUUCUGGUACUUUUAUACACGUAUCCUAGCUACCACGCAUUACAAUAUACAAGACCUGGAUUACACAAGGUGUGCUCUUUGGCCUGUACUGUAUGUAAAGCACACGACAACUCUGGAUGCUAACAAUCUACAUAAUUAUAUUGGGAUAAGUUUGAAAACGCAAUAUGCUUACCUUGAAUAUCUGCUAAUAAAACCGGACUUCCCGAAUCCCAACAGCAUGCACUCUCGCUCCCAACCGGAGUUCCCAACAGGACUCUCUCGCAUCACCAGUUUUGCCCAACUUUUGUCUUAUCAGGUAUUUGCUGCACGCAUUUUUCCCUGAAGCUUGUCUUGUGAACGACCGACAGUGCUGUCCUGCUCUUCACUUUUCAGAUCUGGUUCAAAUAGGAAGGGUAGAACUGACGACAUAUUGGGAAAGCUAACGAGUGACGUGCUGGAAUUUCGGCAACGGGACCAGUGACGUCACGCACUGCGACGUAACAAGAAUGGCGACCUAUCACUUAAAAUAAUUUUACAAACUUUAUAAAAACAAAAACAUUAAGAGGGGUUUUAAUAUCAAAUUAUUAUAACUCAUACUAACGUAUCUUUUAAGAAUUACUUGUCUUAAAAAUAGAGGAUCCCUUUAAACUACUACUCUUCUAUUGUUUCUAGGUUCUUCAUAAAGCAAUUAGCAGUACAAUACCUUAGCUUUAUUUAUUAAUUAUAUCUCUGAACCAUUUACUGCAUAAGAGUACAAGUAACUCAUGAAAAGGAGAAACAGAGCAGGAGGGGAAAUUGAGUGCCCAAUUGCUUGCCCUUGCCACUUCCUCAUUGCUAUUUUCUUCUGAGGAUGACAUCAACAGCCCACCCAAGGAGCUUCUCCUUUCCUUUACCUUCACUGACCUUUUCCUAUUUGGGUCAGAUUUUCUCAUCACUCUGAAUGCUACAAAACAACCACCUGGAAAGACUUCCUGAUGAUGCUCCGUGGGACCUACCUAACCUGCUUUCAUUGCGUCUGGAUGCUAACCUCCUGUCUGAAGUACCUGCUAGCGCCUUUAGAGGGGUUCGCUCUCUAAGACACUUGUGGCUGGAUGACAAUUCCCUGACUGAGAUCCCAGUAACGGCCCUGGAUGCUCUACCCUCCCUUCAGGCUAUGACCCUGGCUCUCAAUAAGAUCACUUAUAUCCCAGACUAUGCAUUCGCCAACCUCUCUGCACUUGUUGUACUACAUCUCCAUAACAAUAGGAUCCAGAUCAUGGGCAUGAGAUGUUUUGAAGGUUUACACAGUCUGGAAACUCUGGAUUUAAAUUACAAUGAUCUCCAGGAGUUCCCUGUGGCCAUCAGGACACUGAGUAAGCUUCAGGAACUAGGCUUCCAUAACAACAAUAUCAAAGUCAUCCCCGAAAGGGCCUUUGUGGGAAACCCUCAGCUUCAAACCAUCCAUUUUUAUGAGAACCCCAUCCAGUUUGUGGGAAAAUCUGCUUUCCAGUUCUUACCAAAGUUACACACACUUUCCCUGAACGGAGCGAACUUAAUUCAAAACUUUCCUGACCUGAAAGGAACAACCAGUCUGGAGAUUUUGACUCUGACUAAGGCGGGUCUCUCAACUCUCCCUCUAGAUCUAUGUGAACAGCUGCCUCACCUCAGAGUGUUGGAGCUGUCACACAACCAGAUACGUCAUCUGCCAAGCCUUUGCAAAUGUUCUUCACUCCAAGAAAUAGGGCUUCAGCAUAACCAACUCACCCGGAUAGAGUCCAGCACCUUCCAACAGCUCAUCUCUUUAAAAAUGCUCGAUUUGAGCUGGAACAAGAUAGAGUGGAUCCAUACAGAUGCCUUUGCCCCUUUGCAUUCCUUGGUCAAAUUGGAUCUGACUGAAAACAGGCUGAGCUCAUUGCCAUCUGCAGGCCUAGAGGGUCUUACUCAUCUCAAGCUUAGAGGAAACAUUGAAUUGUAUGAUGCCUUCAGCAUCGAUCAGUUCCCUCAUAUCAGGGUGAUUGAGAUGCCAUAUGCCUACCAGUGCUGUGUUUAUGGUUCAUGUGAUAGCUACAAGACUGUCAGCCAGUGGGAGACUGAACAAAGCAAAACAGAUGAUGGCAUUCACAAGAGAACUGUUGCCAUUUACCCUCACCACACUGACACACAAUAUGACCCUGAGGACCUAGAGGAAUUCCAGCUGGAAAUAGAGGAGUCGAAACUUCCAGCCAGUGUCCAGUGUACUCCCUCACCAGGUCCUUUCCGUCCCUGUGACUCUCUGAUGGGAAGCUGGUUGGUUCGUGUCGGACUAUGGACCAUUUCCUUGGUGUCUCUGCUUGGAAACUCUUUGCUUCUUCUUUCUUUAUUCAACUCUAACUGCUCUCUGUCACCACUACGAUUCACAGUGGCAUGCAUGGGUGCCUCUAAUUUGCUAACAGGUGUUUGUACAAGCACCCUGGCCCUUGUAGAUGCAUUAACAAUGGGAGACUUUAGCCACCACGGUGGCCCUUGGCAAGGAGGCCUUGGAUGUCAGGUGACAGGAUGGGUGUGGGUGCUUGCCUCUGAAGCAAGUGUUUUACUUCUGAUGUUGGCAGCUGUACAAUGUGGAGUAAGUGUGACAUGCGCUCGUAGCUAUGGGAAAUCACCGUCAUUGAGAAGUGUACGUAUAUUCGCACUGUUAUGUUUGUUUCUCUCAUUCAUCCUAGCCUGUUUUCCUCUAAUUGGAAUUGGGGAAUAUGGAUCCUCGCCAUUCUGCCUACCGACACCUCUGCCACCUUCAGUCUCUCAGUUACAAUCUGCCUUAAUUUUUCCCUUAGUGCUUAUAAUGAUGAACACCCUGUGCCUACUCAUUGUAACAUUUUCAUACAUCCGACUAUACUGGGAAUUACUUAGAGGAGAAUGUGAGGGCUUGUGGGACUGUGCUAUGAUCAAACAUGUCGCCUGGCUGAUAUUCACAAAUGGACUCUUGUAUGUGCCGGUAGCUUUCCUCUCCAUCUGCUCACUGCUGGGUUUCAUAUCUCUCGAAGAGGAGGUGCUGAAAUCAAUUAUUUUGCUUCUACAGCCUCUACCUGCCUGCCUAAAUCCCCUACUCUUCCUUCUUUUCACACGACACCACUCCAAGUAUUUUUUCUGGUAUCGCUCAAAAGCACCUCUUCAGCUUCGCCGCGACCCCACCAUAGACUCAUUGGUUUCUGUGGAGACUGAGAAGAGCUCCUGCUCUGAAACAUCAACACAACUUUCUCUAAAUGAUGGUGAAACCCUGUGCACUAUGGGCUCUGCUGUCCAUUCUCGAAUGGAUCCAAUUCGAUUUUCUCAGUGCUCUUCCACUUCCUCAGUUCCCCUCAUCUCUAGCCAGACACCCAUUGUCAAAGCCAAAGGUAAAGAGAGAGUGAGAGAGCAAGGGAGCCAUGACAACAAAGGAUGUCUGAAGACUUUGACUCAAGAUACUUGCGAAAAUUGCCCGAUGCAUCACUCAACCACGACCAACUCUGUUGUUCAAAAUCCGUAAAUUACCAAGCUAACUGCCUAAAAAGCAGAAACAUUACAUUCAAAGGUCAUGUACAGUGGCAGGAAGACCAAUCUUGGGCCAAGUCCAGUAAGAACCUCUUAAUGAGAGCACAUGUAUCUGGUGAGUUCUUUUGAGACACAAUAAGUGGUAGACUGCAUCUCAAGAGGGAAAUGGCAACAAAAAGUUUCCUCUGCAAUAAGGAUUUAAAAUACCAUUAUGCAAAUGAAAAUGACACUUUAAGAAGCUAUCCAGUGGACUGCAUCAGUCGCAGACUUGCAUAUCUUCGAGAAAGAUCCAGUGAAAGCUGAGUCAUUCAUGAAAAAUAAGACACCCUGGAGAACUUGCAGCAUGGUGGACUUAAAAGAUAUCAAGAACAGAUUUCUAUGUAGAAAUGUUAUAUCAAAGUGUGAUUGAUCAUGGGAAUGCAACAACCAAGUUACAAAUUGCUGGCUAUGAAUAACUAUAUUUUUGUCUAUUCCUUUUAAUUUACACAAUAUAAAGGGAUUAAUUGUCAGGCACCUAGGGUUAUUAAGCUAACAAUUUUAAAUGUGUGCAACAAAUUAAUGUAAGUAACAUUGUUCUUUAUUAAAUACAGGAUAUCUACUCCACAAAAUAUGCUUGGGAAAAAAAGUUUGGUUGGGAUUUAGCAUUUAUUUUAACAUUUAGGGUAGACCAACAAUGUGUACACUUUAUGCAAUGUAACUACCUCUGAACUAGCACGGUAUCAAGUAGGGAUGCACCGCUUCCAGCAUUAGAUGAAAUGUUAUGGUGGGGUUGUUCACCCACUCUGGCCCUUCUCUGUCCUGUCAGUACAAUAUCUAUGUUGUAUAUAUAGUAAUGCAAAAAAAAUAAGACAUGCAAGUCCACGUACAGUGAAAGUUUCACAAAUUCAAUGAUUACUUAAUUGCUCCACCAUUACAUAAUCUAACACCUCAAAAAAUGACAACCUGCUCAUUACCUUUGUUUAAAACAAAUUCCAGAACAUGCAACAAGUAUUACAAUGUACAACUCCAGUUGUCCUGGCAGGUAUACUUUAGAACUGAAAUACAUAUGUUACAAGCUGCAUUUACCGUUAGGUGAAAAGUGCAGCAAUACAGGGAGAAAACAAUAUAGUUCAAUGUUAAAAAGUGAAUGGUAGAUAACACUUUACUCCAGAAAAAGUUUAAGUGACUAGUAUGAAAUGUUCAAGAAGUUAUCACAUCAUGCUUUUAAACAGUAUUUAUUAAAACAAAACAUUUCAGCAUCAGUACUAUUGCAAGUACUUGAUAUUGGUGAAUACUCAAAUGUAAGUAUUGUCUGAAAUAAAAUGGUACCUGUGCAUCCCUAAUAUUGAGUCAUUACAGAUUUUAAAGCUUUCUUUUCCUAUUAUAAAACACCAAAUAUAUAUUUUUAAAAUAUAUCAAUUCAUAGACGAAUUAAAUACAAACAUGUGUUGCUAUGUAAGUUGUAAAUACUAUUGUAUACUGUACAAGUGAGAAAUACGGUUGAAUAAAACAAGCUUUAUUCUGUACAGCAACCACUCAGCCCUCAAUGCUUUAUGGAGCAAACAUCACUGUAUUCUCUUUCUCAAAACAGGCAACAAGCAGGCAAUGCUUAUAAAUAUGUAAAUACAUCAAAUAAUAACAAAAUGAACACUAAAAAAUGCAUACAGAUGCAUGGAAAAAUAUUUAGCUGAAACAAAGAUGGUUGAAACUAUAAAGCAGUUUUUUUUGCCAACUCAUUUUGGUCCUGCACAGCAUCAGGCAAUGCUCUCUUGCGUGACGGUACGUUCUGAUUUCGCAAAUUGUCUUUGUUGCUGGUCUCCAAGAAUCCCUGAGCACAUAGAUGUACACCAGUUUGUAAGCUAAACACUACCGUAUCGUACUAACUAAAUGUGCCGUCUAAAAUAGAUGUGUAGCAUUAAGACUUGCCUAAGAAAAUACCAUCAUUUGUAACAGCUGCUCAUUAUUGUACUAGUAUAAGUACUGUGAUCUGUGAUACUUAUUAAGAUCUUUUGCCGAUCAGAAUUAGCUAGUUUGUUUUAAUGAACAAAACGAACGAAAUAUUUUGCUUGUUGUAAAGUUGAAAGAAAUAUUUUUCUGUAUUACCUUCAUCUUCUGAACAGCAUGUUCCUCGGUCCAUUUCCUGGCCUUCUGUGUAAACAGCUGCUUGUUGUAUCUGAACUCUGAUGCCUGUGUAUAAAUAUUAAAUGGUAAAUAGAGAGGAUUUACUAUGUAUAGCAUUAUUAUCUACACAAUUGUACGAUCUUUUGUGUUGUCACUGUUGACUCUUCUGACAGUGCAUCAUGGGAGAGUGUGGUAAGAACCACCGUAUUUCUUCAUCAAGUUAAACCGAUUUUCAUAUUAAGAGGAGGCUUUAGCAAGGCAGGUGGCUCACUAAUUCUGCGUGGUCAAUUAUAUGACCUUUUGGGGGGGGCCUGCCUGAAUUUUUUUUGAGGGAAUUCCCACAGAGGAAACAAUAGCAGUGGGCGAUCGGGAGAUUCAGUCUUGUGUUCUGUCAUAUUAGUAUGCUUGUAUGAUGAUAUAUCACUGUGAUUAAUUAAAUGUUUCUCAAAGUGCUUCACAAUAGUGAAACUUGUUAAUCUGUAGUCUACGCUAUAGAUGCAAUUGUGGAAUAACUACGUUUGACAUACCAAGAGCUGAAUUUCAAAAAGUUGUAUAACCGCCCCCUUUUCUGUAUUAAAGCAACACUAGGUACUUUUCAAUCUUUAUAAAAUAUUUUCAUAACAUUUGUGAUGAUACGUCGACUGACAACUAGUUGAAUGACACCU